AUGGCGAAUGUAGAUAAUAAUAAAUUUUAUUUUGAUCGUAAAAAUUAUUUUCUACGUUUUGUAUCAAAUGAAGAGAAAUCAGAUAUAAACCAUGGAAUUAAUAAUAAUUUAAAUUCAACAAGCAAUUCUAUGAGUAGAAAUAUUCGUCAUGCACUAGAAUAUUUUGUUGAUGAUUUAAGACGUGAUUCACAUAGGACUAUAGAAAAAUUUCUUAACGAACAAACUGUAAAUGAUAUUCUUCGUUCUAUUGCACAAUUGUUAUUAAAUGAAGACGAUCGUAUCUGUGGUAAUAGUGCUUAUAUUAUGGGUAGUACAGUUGGAACAGAACUAGGAUUAACACAUUUCUUCACUGCCUUUUCCAGAAAUCGAACAUCAAACACUGUUGAUAUUGUACAAGUAUUAUGCAAAUUAUUAACUCAUUCCGAUUCGGAAUGUGUAUUGAAUGCUGCAGGAACACUUGGUACUAUAUGCGGUUCAAAAGAGGGACGUGAUUUAUUAUUAAAUCAUACUUGUAUUAACCAGUUGAUUAUAAAUACAUCAUCAUUAUUAUCUUCUACUAAUUCUUGGAUUGCUAGUAAUGUUGGAUUAAUAUUAGCUAGAAUCACUGUUGAGGAAAUUGGUUGCAAAAUAAUAUUAACACAUUCUAAACAUCGAGAAAUUCUAAAUCAAAUUUUAUCAGCACUUGAUAUUAGUGAUCCAGGUCGUUCAACAAAUGCUGCUUUUGCUAUAGGACGUUUAAUAGAAGGAGAUGAUGGAAAAAAAACAUUAAUUUCUGAUUGUGGACAAUAUAAAAUUUUUGAUGCAUUAUUAUUGAUGCUUGAAGUUAAUGAAGAAAAAGGUGUAAAUAAAAAUGCUUGUUAUGCAUUAAGUUGUUUAUGUACAACACAAUUUGGUUUUCAAUUAUGUCUACAAUAUUUACCAACUUUUCAUCGAAUUAUUUUAGCUAUUGAAACAUUAUUAAUAUCAAUUGAACAUGAAACUGUUUGGUUUGCUUUAAUGUGUCUCAGAACAAUUGCAGGACAUGAUGGAGCAAGUGAACAUAUACUUCGUUCAAAAACUAUAAUCGAUAAAUUAAAACAAAUACGAGAUAAAUGGAAUAAAUAUCAAGAUAUUCAAGAAGAAGCAAGAGGUCUUUGGUAUUUAUUACAUAGAAAUAUAAAACCUAAUCGACCAAAAAUUGAUGAAUGUCGAAAUACAUCUGCUGAGAUUUCAUGGGAUAUAAAUGUAAAUAGUUGGGAUGAUGCUGCAUUACAAUUUCGAAUUAUUCUCAAUAAUCAAUCAAUUGGUGUAACAAAUACCACAAAUUAUAGUUUAAAAGAUUUGCAGCCAAAUACAAAUUACAAUGUACAAAUUCAAUAUAUUACACCUCAAGGUGAAAAUAUUCGUAGUGAUCCUACGAUAUUUCAUACAGAUGAUGAAUUACCUCCACCUGUUAAUAAUCUUCAUGUUGAACGAGCAACAAUGACAGCAGUUCGUGUUUCUUGGGACUCACCAGAUCUUUCUGCAUGUAAUUUAGUAAAAGGUUAUCAAACAUAUUUAAAUGAUGUUGAACAUGAACGUACAACUGAAUGUGUGAUAACCAUUGGUUCAUUAUCAGCUAGUACAACAUAUAAAAUUGAUGUAUGUGUAGUAACUAGUAAAGGCAAUGGACCACGAGCAUCAAUCAAUGUAGUAACUGCUUCAACAGGUGAUUCAAAUCCAGCACCACCCACAUUUUCCGUAAUAGGUCGACGUGAAAUACAUAUUAAAUGGCAACCACCAGAAGUUAUAGCUGGUCGUUUUACUCGUUAUGAACUUUAUUGUAAUCGACAAGAUAUACCUAUAUAUUCAGGUCAAGCUCAAGAAUUUCAUGCAACAAUGCUUAAAUCAGAUACAGCAUAUACAAUGGAAGUUGUUGCUAUCACAAAUGAAGGUCGAUUUCGUAGUAAACCAGCAAAAACUCGUACAUUAAAAGAUGAAUUUAAUGCUCAACGUCAUUCACUUUAUGAACUUCAAUCUCAAAGUCCACCUAGAGUGAAACGAACGGAAUCAAAUCAUUCAUUAUAUUUUCCAACUAAUACUAAUGCACCGAAAGCAUCACCGCCGCCUGAACGACGUCUAUCUAGAGAAACAAAUGUAUCAAAUCGAAAUGUUGAUAUUACAUCUGUCCAACCAAUACAACUCAAAUCAGAAAAUCCAACAAACAGUCGAGUAUUACCAGUAUUAGCAAGAGGUGUACAACCUCGUCCACAGGAAUUAAUAAAACGACGUAAUACACAACGAUUUCGAACAGAACCAGUGUCUAUGAAUCAUUUACAACCCCCAACAACACGAAUAACACCUUCCAGGAUCGUUCCUAAUCCUGAAUUUAAUCGUGAACAUCAAGUUAGAUGGGCAAUACCUGUUGUUCAGAAAAUACCACAAACAACACCAUAUCGUCUUGCAUCAGUAUCUGAAUCACCUUCAAUUAUACCAGAUCUACGACGAUCUGAACGAUCUGCAAGUAAUUCAAUACCAGAUUUAUCUUUAAAUUUACCACGAACUCAAUCACUCAGUCAAACAUAA